CGUCUGUCAUACACGUAGAAUUUGUCACAUAAAAUAAAUUAAUCUUUUUCUUGUUUUAAAUUAUUUUCAGUGGAUAUGGGAACCGUGGAAAGUCUCGAGAUUACUUGUUGGUUGCGACAAAAUUGAAGAAACGAGUGAUGACGUUGAACGAGGACAAUGUAACCAUAAAAGUGCAUACAGUGUAUAGAAACAAACUUUGUCGUCUCAUUGUUUGAUUAUAUCGUUAUCUCCGCCUACAGAGCGCGUUGAUAUGUCACAUUUCGGGGAUUAUAUGGACGGUGUACCCGUUAAAAUAUCAGAAAAAUAUAAACGGCCGCCCAGAAUAGAUUUGCCCUACAGUGUCAGUGAAUGCCCCUUACGCGCUCAGAGUGUCGUCGACAGCGCUGAAUACUCAACCACUUUUGAGAAUAAUGUGCUUGCUAAGAUCAAAGAGCUGCGUAGCGCGAAGGAGACGAAGAAAAAUGAGAGGAGACACCGCCUACAGUUGCUUGAGGAAGCUAAGCAAAAGAAGUUGGAUGAUAUAGCAGCUGCUGAGGCUGAGGAGAAACUGAAACAGCUGAGCGUGUCGGAGGUGUCGUACCCGAGCACUGAUGAAAUCAGCGCAUUGUCUCCUGAUGAGAAAGCUGACAAAAACUGUGAUAAUGCACCUACUCUAGACAAUAGUCCUGAGACAUGUGACGUUGCGAUUGCUACAGAUGUUAUCUACCCAUCUUGCAGCAACACUGAGCCACCACAAAACAUCCUUCAACCCAUACCUGUCCAAGCUACCUAUAAUCAAAAUAAUCUACUUGAUGAUCCAGAUCCAUUACAAGAACUGAAAAUGACCAAUAAGAUAGCUAAAAUUCCUCAAUAUGGUAAUGUAGAAACAUUAACAUUUAAAGAUUUUGAGAAUGACACGUCCAGUCCGUUUGACAAUGUAGAACUGAAGACAAUAAAUGACAUGGAGUUAUUAGCACAGGUGCUACAAAGCCAGAGGGAGUCACUUACAAGUUGCCACCCCCAGCAGCAGUAUACGGACCCAAUGUAUAACUUGCCCAACUGUGCAUCACAGGCACAGAUGGAAGGUAUGACAUAUGUGCCUGCAACGUAUAUGGAGCAGCCCAUACAAGGCCCUGGGGUGGUAUACUCCCCUCAGCAUUACCCAAUAACAAAUGGCUAUUAUGUACCCCCAGAAAAUGUCUGUGAUAACCCUAUGCAAAUGGAAAAUGUCAAUGUGUACAUGCCAAAUUACCAAUAUUAUGUUCCUGCUAACCCUUACAAUGUUGUUGAUCCAAAUUAUUAUACAAAUCAAAUGCCAGCACAAGAUAUGAACCAAGCUUCUAAUGGUUACAUUCCUGAGCCGUACUACUUCCAUUAUCCUCAUCUACAGAUGCAAUAUCCGCCUGCACCUCCAGCUCCAACACCCUCUGCAGUACAGAAUCAAAAUCCUCAAAAUACGGAAAGUAAUCAUAAUUCAGUAUCAAAUUCUCCAAAUACCAUGAAGUCAAGAUCGAGAAGUGUACCAGACAUAGUAAGAGAAUUGAAUGAAGAGUUGGCUUCAGCUAAGCAGAGAGCGACAGAGAGGUCUUAUAAUGCAAGCCCUGCACCUAAACCUGCUGUUCCUCAGCCAAGUUCUAGCAAAGAUAAGCCGGCAGAUAAGAAGAGUAGACGAAAACCUGAGAAUUUGCCAAAUCCAUAUGAUAAGUUAGGUGCAAAGUUGCAGGACAUGUGUCAGAAGAUACACAACAUGGGUUUUCCGUUAGACAGGGUUGCUAGAGUAUGUACUCUUGUAGGAGAUAAUGAUAAAAAGAUAAUAGAAGGUCUGCUGAUCUUAGGCGAGUUGAUGGAUCUGGGUUUCUCUGAAGGCAGGGUGUCCGCGGCACUGGCCAAGCACGAGUUCAACCGGGACAAGGCUCUAGACGAGCUUGUCUCCUAGUACAGUAGCAAGUUAGGCAUAGGCAGGUAACAGAUUACACAAGUACUGAGUGGUAGUUAUAAUUUUAGACUUGUGAUAGUUGUGAUACAGACACUUUAAGGAUUAACUUUAAUUUGGUCACUGUAAGACAUGAGAUUAUGUAAUAUCACAGAAACAAUUCAAAAUCUCAUCCUUCUAAACUACCGGCCCCUGCGGCACGGGUACGAUAUCAACGCAAAUGCGACAUAUACCUCGUGCUUCGACCACUUCGUGUUUAUCUACGCAAUUGUGUAUAUUCGGUCUGGUGACUAAUAAAGUUAUUUCUACUCAUGCCUUUUACAUUGGUUGACAUAGACUGGAAGUAUGUCUCAUACGUUUUUGUGGCGUAUAUUAUCUGUGAAAGUUAAUCUGUAAGGUUGUUUUGGGAUCAAGUCGUGAUACUCGUGAUAAACAGCACAGCCACAUUUUACCAAAUGUUAUAAAAUAACAUGAAAUUAUUAUACUAUGGGCUUUGCCAUAUACAAAAACUACUACGUCAUAAAAAUGUGUUCAAAUACGGAACUUUAAUGUGACGUAUUGUUAAUUCGAAUUUGGAAUGAAAAUAAAAAAAAGUUAACGAUUUUUUAGGAUCCUUUCAUGAUUAGCGAAUAUGCUAACCUAAUAUGCGAAUAUGCUAUCGUGAUCUUUUACUUAUAAUUUUCUACAAACAUACAUACAUACAUAAACUCACGCCCGUAAUCCCAAAUGAGGUGGGCAGAGCCACAAGUAAUAAAAAAUAAUAAAGCCAAGUAUAAUUUUCUACAUAUUAUUAAAUGAUGUUUCACGUCUUGCUUGUCCCAAAACGAUAAAGUAAUGGAACUCUUAGCCAUAUCAAAUAAAAGGAUGGCAAUGGCAUCACAUACCUCUUUCUGCAGGUGUUAAAAACCUACCUAAAUUAAAGAAAAGAGGAGUUAGAUAAUAAUAAAGAGAUUAUUUUAGAUGCCAUUGUUAUCAAUGCAGAAUAAUCUAGGUAGAAGCUUGCCAGAAUUACGCUCUUUGGAGAAGUAUUUUAUCAUGUAGAAAUUGUUUUUUAUAUGUACAGAUGCCAAAAGUGAAGAGAAACGUGAAAUGAAAUGAAUCCGAGUGAUAUUCGUAAAUGACGAUGAAGGGUAAAUAUUAUGUAAAUAAUAGUGGCUUCGUAGUUUUCUAUAUUAAAAGUGAUAAAAUGAGAUGAAACUUAAAAGAUGCGCAUUUCAAAUUUGUUUUUGUUGUUUUUUUGUUAAAUUAAACGUUCUUAUAACGUAUACGAUAUAUUUUUGCGUUUAUGUGAUUGCUUUAGUAUAAUAAUGAGUUUGAUAAGUUACAAGGUACUUGCAUUUAAAAUGUUAGUAUAUCAUUAAAUAAAACAUUUUUGAUCUGGAUUUACAAAUUGAAUAUCUAAUACAAUAAGUAAAUGCUGCAAGAUUGUGAAGUUUCCGACUUCUAUUUUUAAUACUUGACAUUGCCAAGUUUAGAAAGAAUGUCCCCAAGAAUGCUCGGGAACGGAGAGAAUGCCUUUCCAUAUCCAUACUGAGGUUUUUUCAAGUUUUAUUUCAAUUAAAAAGUUUAAUAACUUUGUGCACAUUAUUAUUACGGUUUAUUAAACUCUUAAUCCACUUAUGUUUAUAUUGUAAAUAGGACACUUGUGCAAUUUUUGUAAUGAUUAAUUAUCGUCCAUUAAUGUCUAUUCAUAGUCUCGUUUCGGCCCGAAGGCAUUAAAAGUUUAUAGUUGUAUAAUUUCUAUAACAGGAAAAGUACUUACGUAAAUUACUUUUCUUCAUAUUAUGAUAGAACAAAGGAUACCUAAGAAGUUUAAAAACAGUGUCAGAGAGAAGGAAAAUACUACAAUAAACAAUUCUUUGUUAGUAAUAAUGAUACUCGAAAGAAAUCUUAAAUUCUUCUAAAACGUAAGUUUCCAUUUUUUCAAUUUGUAAGGUUUUUUUAUCAAACAAAAUUUUACUUGCGAAAAAUUUAAAAACUGGUCACAUUUUUGGCGGGGUUUCAUUGUCAUAUCCAUUACCAUUGAUUAAAAUACAGUUAUUUAGUAGGUAACUAUUAGAGAUACGGUUGAUGUCAUGGAUAGGCCAACACUAUCGGUAGUUUUUGCUGCAUUUCGCGCCACGCUAUGUGAAUAGAUUUUUUUACAAGUUCGGGUCUAAAAAUGAAUUCAUUCAUUUUGAUAAUUACCUGUGUCAAAAAAACAAUUUUACGCUCCGUGGCUUGCUUUUUUUUUGUUAAAUUCUCAAAUUAGGUGGUUGUUCAAUUUUCUUUCGACAUUUUUAAAUAGUGAUGGGGGGAAAGAAGGUUUAAAUAAUAUGUAUGUUCUUUAUUAAUUAAGACCGAAUCCGAGUUAUUGGAUACUUCUCUAAUGAGAAAGGGAAUAAAUAUAAUUAUCUUUACUGAAGGAUCAUACAUUUAGGGUGUUAACAAUCAAGCCAAAAAGGAGCGAAUUUUUUUAUCUUUUGGACACUUGUUUAAAUGAAUGAAUGGGUCUUGUGGAAUGAUGGGGAUUAACCUCAAGUUUUCCUCUCUCGGUUGAGUGUUCCAUGUACGAUUUUGCUAUAUAAGUUCAAACAUAAAUACUUGUGACGUAACUUACUAAGGGCUGAUUUUUUCAAUAAACAGAUAAAUUAUUUGUCAAUGGAAUAACAAAAUAUUGUUUGAAAAAAAAAAAAACAAAUUAGGAAGACCAGUCUACGAAUAGACGUUAUCUGACUAUUGAGAAAUCUGCCCUAAAUGGUAAAUUAGACAAAGAUGAGGCAUCGAAUUCAUUUUUCCGUUUAUAUUUUUAUUUAGUAACGUGCAUAAAAUUAUAAUUUCCUUCUGUCUGUCCAUGUUUUUUAAUCGUAAAACGUGUUACAGAGCCUGCGUAUCUAGUGUUAUAUUAUAAUUAUUUUAAUUUAUGAUUAUAAUAAUAAAACCACAAUUCCAUCGACUCGCAAAUAGUAUCUACACUCUUAUGUAAAAAUGCCUUUUAAAUAUCGUGUUAUUUUUAUAUGUAAUAAAUAAAUAAAUACUCCAGAGUUGUAAAGAGAGAGUUCCAACCUACGUAUGUUGCGACAGAUUUUAUUUAUUCUAGUUUUAUAGCGAAGUAAACGGUUCUACACAUUAUCUGAUCUUCAAAUGCCUAAGUAGAUCCUUAUUAAGUAAGUUCUUGCAAACAUAGAACUUUAAAAAUAAACUUUUAUUACCGAUAUAAAUAAAUUACGUUACGUAAUUGGUAAAGAAGAUAAAACGGCUAUUUACAACUACUCUUAAAAGUAACGAAUGUUGCUGAUUGCAAAGCCUAGCAUAAUAUUAACUUGAUGGGCCAAAUUCAAUCAUAUAAACGAAUUUCAUAGCUAUACUCCUUUUAAUGUUGCAUGAAUACCUAGAAUGACAACAGGACAAAUAAUAAUACAUCGCCUAGUGCAAAAGGGACGAGAGAUAUGUCUCUUUGGCACCAACGGCGAAGAGCUUAGUAAGUGCGAAAAAGACGUGAGAUAAGUUACUCUAAUCAAUCAUGCUACGUUGACAGGGUAAUAUGAACUUGUCAAAGAUCUGUCUUCUUUACUUUUAUCGGCGUUCUUCUCGCUGGUUGAAGAAGUUUACUUACACAUUUGACUUCACCAUUAUAGACGGCGAUACGGCUUAACACCUUUCCCGUUCUAACACAAAACUCGGUGAGAUGUGGAUACUUAGUUAAUCAUGCGAUGAAUGUACCUCUGACUGCCCCAAUAGGGUAUUUGAUUGGGUCAAAGAUAAAUUAUAAAAUGCUAAUCUAGAAAUAAAAGCCAGUCUAAGAUGUUCAAUAUCAAUAUCAUUUUACUUUUCGACUUAUUUUCGAAUGUUAUUUAUAAAUUAAGUAAUAAUGAGUACGUCGUUUGACUGCUUUUAUUGAUGACGUCACAGAGCAGUAUUUUCAUACAAACUCCAAAGAAAACUUUCUUUUUGACGUUUCGUAAAAAGUGUCUCAUUUGACUAGGUUGUCAAGUAGCCUAUUGGCAGUAUGAAGUUUAAAUAAAUUGAAGUUGAGGUGGUGUGUAGAGCUUCUAAAGUAAAUUGUAAGUGAAAGCUUGGCCGUAGUGUGCGUGGAAUUUUAUACGACACAGCUUCACACCAUGAAAAUAAUGUAUAAAUAAAAAUGUUAUUUUCAA